UCCUUUUUCAUUCAGUGGAUUGUUUCUGUUCGUCAGGAGGAUUGAGGUCGAAAUGUUCCGGUUAACAGUCUGUUAGUUCAGGUGAAGUUAAACUGUUAGUUGACCUGGUUAGUUGAAGUUAACAGUGUGUUAGUGAAGUUAAACUCAGUUAGUUGACUUGUUUAGUUCAGGUGAAGUUACACUGUUAGUUGACCUGGUUAGUUGAGGUUACCAGUGUGUUAGUUAAGUUAAACUGUUAGUUGAGCUGGUUAGUUGAGGUUACCAGUGUGUUAGUGAAGUUAAACUGUUAGUUGAGCUGGUUAGUUGAAGUUACCAGUGUGUUAGUGAAGUUAAACUGUUAGUUGAGCUGGUUAGUUGAGGUUACCAGUGUGUUAGUGAAGUUAAACAGUUAGUUGAGCUGGUUAGUUGAGGUUACCAGUGUGUAAGUGAAGUUAAACUGUUAGUUGAGCUGGUUAGUUGAGGUUACCAGUGUGUUAGUGAUGACAGACAGCAGCAGUGCAGCUCCAGCUGCUCGCACUGUGCUGCAGCAGUGUCUUCAGGCCAGACUCCAGGUGAAACCAGCAGAGGAACAGUCACAAGCUCAGUUUGUCCAGAUCGACAGAGGAAUGGUGAUCUACAUCUGUUUCUUCAAAGGAGCCACAGACGUCAUCUUGCCCAAGAUGGUGUCCACUCUGUUGAGCCUGCGGCUGUGCGAGUCCGACUCGGGGAAGAUGGUGUCGGUGCUGGAGCUCCCCGGCAGCCUGCUGAUCGUCCCUCAGGCCACGCUGGGCGGCAAGGUCAAAGGCCGGGCCAUGCAGUACCACAACAACAUCGGCAAAGAGGAGGGGCUGCGGCUGUACAGCGCCUUCGUUUCCCUGUGUGAGAAGGAGCUGACGGCUGCUUCAGCUGAGGUGACGGUGAAACACGGGACGUAUGGAAACAGACAGGUGCUGAAGCUGGACACCAACGGACCGUACACACACCUGAUGGAGUUCUGAACUCUUGGGCUUAAAGUUGCACACUUAAUUAUUGUUAAUUAAAGGAUCCUUCUGGUUUUACCAAACAUA